UGAGACCUGAGAGGCAGGUCGGAAGCAGGAGGGCCCACAGCGUGAGGGAGUCCAGAAGCCGAAGGUCGCCGCGGGGUCUCUGCCAGCCUGGCCAUGAACCUGGAGCCGCCCAAGGCCGAGAUCCGGUCGGCCACCAGGGUGAUUGGGGGGCCCGUCACUCCCAGGAAAGGGCCCCCCAAAUUUAAGCAGCGGCAAACCAGGCAGUUCAAGAGCAAGCCCCCCAAGAAAGGCGUCCAAGGGUUUGGUGACGACAUCCCCGGAAUGGAAGGCCUGGGGACAGACAUCACUGUCAUCUGCCCAUGGGAGGCUUUCAACCACCUGGAGCUGCAUGAGCUGGCCCAGUACGGCAUCAUCUAGCACUGGACCCCGGCCCUUGGCCCCUCCAUGCUGCUGCCCUCUCUGACCCCUGCUCAGGAUUCCUGUGAGCAGGGCCGCU